AUGGCGGGUUGGGUGAAACUGAAUACUGAUGGGUCCUUUGCAGUAAAUGGUACGGCUGGUGCGGGGAUGGUGCUGCGAGAUGACAAAGGUAAUGUCAUCUACUCAGCUUGCAGGGAGCUUUUUUCAUGCCGAGAAAUUCUUGAAGCUGAGUUGUGUGCUUGCAUGGAAGGCCUGUCUUUUGCAAUUCAGAGAAGCGACUUGCCGAUCAUUAUUGAGAUGGACUCCAUUAUUGCAGUCAAGCUGAUUCAAGCGAUGGAUAUUGAUAGAUCGAUCUACUCUUCUUUAGUUAAAGAAAUUAGACACCUGAUGUCUCUUCGUGAUUCUUGUAUUACUCAUAUAAAUCGUACGCAAAAUAAGGUUUGCGAUAGCUUAGCAAAGUUUGCUAGACAAGAGGGCAGAACAAUGACCUGGGUUGGGUCAGGCCCAUCAGUUUCUUUAGAGCUAGCCGAGGCAGAUUGUAUGGACAUUGAGAUUUGA